GUAAUCAAUACCAUACUUGUUUACAUACCUCUUAAACUACAAUGUUUGUGAUUUUGUUAGAUGAAGAAAAAAACCAAAGCCGCAAUUCUUGCCUCAGUUGCAUCUGUCCUCCUUGUGGGGGUUGCAUUGUUAAAGAAAUUACGACGUAGACGUAGAGAACUGCCUAGGGCGCCUUAUGUUAACCAUGCCGCCGAGAGAGAGGAAUACAUAAAUAGUGUUUUGCAUGGAAGUGAGAGACAUUGUGUGAAUCAACUUAGGAUGAAGCCUAUAGCUUUCCACCACUUAUGUCACACCCUCACUGAGCUUGAGCACGUACGUCCGACUGUUCACAUGUCUGUUACGGAGCAAGUGUUCAUUUUCUUGCACAUUAUUGGUCAUAAUGUGAGGUUUCGUGUAAUGGGUAGUCGGAUCUAUAGAUCAACUGAGACUGUUCAUAGAUACUUCAAGAUUGUCCUUAGGGGGGUCCUGAAAUUAUAUAGAGCUCUAAUAAGACUGCGUAGCGAAGAUACACCUCCAGAGAUAAGGAAUAGCAGAAGGUUUUACCCAUAUUUUAAGGAUUGUGUUGGAGCAAUAGAUGGUACACAUGUUCGUGCAUCUGUGCCACCUGAAAUACAAGGAAGAUUUCGUGGUCGCAAAGAUAGAACCACGCAAAAUGUGUUAGCUGCCAUUAGUUUUGACUUAAAGUUCACUUAUGUGUUGGCUGGAUGGGAAGGCAGUGCACAUGAUUCACGUGUAUUAAAUGAUGCAUUUGCUAGGACAGGGGGAUUUUCAAUUCCCAAUGGUAAAUUUUAUCUUGGUGAUGUUGGGUAUGGUAAUAAAAAUGGAAUAUUGUCACCGUAUCGGAGUGUACGAUAUCACUUGAAAGAGUUUAGUGAUCGUCCUCCUGAGAAUGCGCAAGAAUUGUUCAACCUCCGACACUCUUCAUUGAGAACUACCAUUGAGCGAGGGUUUGGAGUGGUGAAAAAACGUUUUCGAGUGUUAGAUGCAGAACCAUAUUGGUCUUUCCCAACCCAAGUGAAAGUAGUGUUAGCGUGUUGUGUGGUUCAUAAUCACAUUAUGGGGGUUGAACCAAAUGACCAUAUUAUGGAAGAUGCAAUGAACCAAGUAGAGCUUAGUGACCACCAACAAGAAACACAAUCCCAUCGGGAGUCCGUCGAAGAUAGUAGAUCAUGGAAUGCUAAGAGAGAUGAGAUAUGCCAAGCCAUGUGGUCUGAUUAUAUCAGGAGUGGAGAGUAG